AUGGUUAUGGAGCCAUUCGGUGGUACCGGAUUGAAAACCAUCUAUCAUCAAUAUAUCAUUUGCCAGGUUACUGAUAUUACUGCCUGCUCGGUCCACUCGAAUAAUCCGGGGUUUUGCGCUGCAACCGCCAGUACCAAACUUGCGCAAAGCGCGCUUGCCGCUAUCCCUUCGCACGACAUUGUUUGGGUUGUGUGGAGCAAGCUCAUUGUCGAGCUGGUGGGAUUCGAGUUGGGGAUUGUUGAGAGACGUGACGGGCUCCUGGAGGAUCACCCAUUUCCAUGUUGUUCAGAAUCAGUCGAUAAUUUUCUACUCAAGGCUGUGCAAGCUGAAGAUCUGCGUCCCAAGCCCAAACCAGAGCCAGGGCUGACACUGUCCGUGCUCUGCACCGCUGCCACCGACUGGGUUCUCCGCAUCCCAUCUCAGGUCAUUUCAGCCAUGGACUCAUUGAUGCUCUGGAAGUCUACUCUGCACGGCAUCGAGUCUGAGUCAUCAGCCAUCUGA